AUGCCGCUCCCGAGCAAAAAAGACAAGCUCGCCCCCGUGCCUGCGGGCAUGGCCCCGCGCAUGCAGACGCAGGUGCAGAAGUGGGCCAAGAUGAAGGCCGACCUGGGCCAUCCAGGCCGCAGCCUGGACGCAGCAAAAGCAUCAUCAUUCUCAUCCGCAGCAGCAGCAACAGCGAACUCCAUCCCCCACCAGAAAAAGACAGGCAAGCUUGCCAGCACAGCCGCACGGCCACAGUCUGUUCUCCGCGCACCCCAUCGUCGCGACCGCUAUCCGUCUGUGGCCGUUGGUGGCGGCUUUCCCUUGGACCCGGCCUCGUCGACUCUGGCUUCAUCAACACCUGCAACAGCUGCAACCUCACCACCCAUCUGCCUGCUCUGCCUCGUCCGCUUCGACACGCGCCAGCAGCUGCGCGACCACGAAGCGCUGUCGACGCUGCACCGCCGUCUGAUGCGUGACCGAGCCGCCCGCCGCACCGCCCUGCAGCGCUAUGCCAAGGUCGAGAGAAAGAAAGCGGCCGAAGCAGACGGUCGACCGAUCUCCACGGCCACCAGCUCCACGCCUCAGCUUCCCACCCACAUCAAGCGUCUACCACGUCGCCGAGGCGAUCUCGCCCCUGUCUACACCUCCUAUGGCGUCCCCCUCCGUCCGGCCGUCCCCGAUGCAGACGCGAUUUCGACCAGCCUCGACCACGGCUGUCUUCUGUGUCGUCGUCGUUUCCACGGCCGCGCCUCUCUGCGGCUGCACGAGCGUGAAAGCGCCCUUCAUCGCGCUCGCACACGCGAUCCUGCCGCCGUCGCUGCCGCCGUUCAGGCCGUCCAGGCCGUCCAGGAACACGACGAACAACACAGACCGCUAUUGCGCAUGCGUCCGGCCCCUGACUUGGCCUCUACGCGCUACCGUGACCGUGCUCGUGAGCGGAGACUGGCUUUUGGCCAGAAAGGCGUGCCGGCGAGCCGCAAACGCAUCGCCAAGACGGCUGCCACGGCCGUCUCCAAAGAUACCGCGGCCGUCACUACGGCUACUGCUGCCGCCGUCUCGUCUGCCACCAAGGGUGCUGCCAUGCUCGGAAAGAUGGGCUGGACUGCUGGCCAAGGCCUUGGUGCUCAGGGCACCGGCCUCACCGAAGCCAUCGCCGCUGCUGCCUAUCUUCCCGGCGUCGGUCUCGGCGCCCACGGCGGCAAGUUGGGCGAUGCCGCUGAUGUCGCCGCUCGCCGCACCGAGAGCCGAUACGCCGACUUUGUCGAGCAGACCCAGGAAACCGCCCGCCAGCGCUAUUUGGCCCUCGAUCGCGCUGAAGCAGAGGCAGCUGGCCAGGUUGCUGAGUCAGCAGAGGGAAACGGGAAUGGAAACGAAGCCCAGGACUAA